GUUGACAGCUGGUGUGUGUGUUCAGGAAGCUGCUUCAGUCAGUGGGAGCGACGCGUUAAGUGUCCGCGGGCUCUGUAUUUCGCGGUAUUAGCGGAGUUAUGGCGCCUUUAGCGAGCUGCUCUUUAAUGUCACCCGCCAGACUUUGUUGUUUGUACCUGAGCUCGAGAACAAGCGCGAGGACGCUGUCUGCAAGAGGUUUGAGGAGUGUGUGUCCAGGUGAAGCUGCAGCUCUGUGCAGACGGACGGUCUCUGCCCGGUUGAACGGGACUCGGGGGUUUUUCUCUCGCGGUGGCGGAGCAGACGAGGAGCCGCAGACUCUGGAGGUCAUCGCCGAGAGCCUCAGAGAGCGGCGGUUACGGCGGGUGGUGGUGAUGGCCGGAGCCGGGAUCAGCACGCCGAGUGGCAUCCCGGACUUCAGGUCUCCGGGCAGCGGUCUCUAUGACAACCUGCAGCAGUACGACCUGCCGUACGCCGAGGCCAUAUUCGAGCUGGACUUCUUCCAUCACAACCCCGAUCCGUUCUUCGCCCUCGCCAAAGAGCUCUACCCGGGAAACUAUCGGCCCAAUCUGACCCAUUACUUCGUCCGACUGCUGCACGCGAAGGGUCAGCUGCUCAGGAUGUACACGCAGAACAUCGACGGCCUCGAGAGACGUGCGCACUUAUUAUGUUUGCUUCUGUAACUCGACGCGUAUCAUUAACGCACAUUUUAACUGUUUGAAACCAGAACAAACGUGUUUGAUGUGUUUGACUUUUAAAAAAUGGGGAAAAAAGAAAUGAAUAAGAAAUGUCCUGGAAAUUACAAGAAAUUAAC